AUGAUUGACGAAGAAAUGGUUUUAAGCGCAUUUGAAAUCGAGCUACCAGCAAGCUUAAAAAACACUGGUUUUACAACAAGCUUUUGCGAUCUAAGUCGAUUAUCUUUCAGCAGCCCAAGGCUCCUGAGAGACUAUAUGAUCGCUGAAUUCAAAAUUGAAAGUGAAAUAGUACCCUUUCUGAAUACAGAAUUGGGCCUAGACCCAAAUACACCUACCCCUCUCUACACAGAAAAUAUCUCUGAGGUGCAUUCCUGUCCAAUAUGUUAUAAAAUAUUUAAUAACCGAAAAGGCCUUAACCAGCAUAUGGGCAAAAAGCACUCAAAUAGUAUCAAAAAUUCACUUUGUGACAUCUGUGGAAAGCUAUUUUCACAUAUGACCCAGGAUGGCUUUUAACUAGCCCUGGGAUAGCAACUUUUGCUGCAACAGGGAGUUGGUCUGAAUCUAUAAGUCAUCAAGCCAAGUCCACGAGCUAAUAAGUGAGCAUAUACGUGCAUUUGUCAACUGUGGAGUUGGUUAGGCAACCUAUAGACCAGGGUCACUUCUAUGAGUUGCAGUGAAAGCUGCUACCUAGGGCGAGCUAAAUGUCGUUGAAACUAUAAAUAUGCUUUAAAAUUCCACUAUCAGCAAGUUCAUGAAACUUUAAAACGAGUCAACUGCGAGAAGUGCAGCUACGUGGCUUAUAACAAAUAUAGACUAAAAAGGCAUAUGAAAAAGCACCUAUCUAAAUAA